AUGUUUCUUCUAGAAGUACAAGGCAAACGCCGAUUCCUCCUUGCUGCUCUGCGCCACUUGAGCCCGGAAGCCACGAGCGGCAUCAUCGCCCGCGGUUUCUUCUGGUGGCUCAAUAGUCUGCUAGUGAAAGGCUUCAAAGCGACCUUAUCUCCGUCGACACUUUACGAUAUUGAUGAUGAUAUGCGGUCUGAAUACCUGCUGCAGAACCUCGACAAUGCAUGGAAUCAACGAAGAGAACAUGGCAAGCGGGCAAUGUUACGCUCGAUUUUCAGCACGACAAAGAUGGCUUUGUUGGCCACGACGGUAAACAGACUCGUCCUGAUUGGAUUCAAAUUUUCACAACCGUUUCUCAUCAACCGAAUCAUCAAAUACGUCGACGGCGACCGAGGACCUGACUCUAAGUCUGUUGGUUACGGGUUGAUUGCUGCAACAAGUUUGUUGUCGACGGGUUUCUACCAACAUAAGCUCUUCCGUUACAUCGCGAUGAUCCGUGGGUCUCUGGUUUCUCUCAUCAUGUCCAAUAACCUCGAGCUAGACAUGACAAAGGCCAGCGAUCCGUCUGCCCCCUUAACCUUGGUCAGCACCGACGUGAGAACCAUCUGCAAGUCAUUUGAAAUGAUCCAUAAGGUAUGGGCAAACCCCAUCGAAAUCGGCCUUGCCAUCUGGCUACUUCAGCAACAACUUGGCCUUGGAAGUGUGGGACCAGGUGUAACCAUCAUUGCUUGCACCAUUGGUAUGGCGAGGCUAUCGAAACUGAUGCCUCGAGCUUCGAAGAUUUGGAACGAAGAGGUCCAAAAGCGUAUCACUGUCACUUCGGAGGUGCUUGGUGAGAUCAAAGAAACAAAGAUGUUGGAAAUGGUGGACUUCCUUCAGCAUGCAAUCCAAGAUCUCAGAAUUGCAGAGCUGCGCAGAGCGAAACAGUAUCGCCGGCUCAUCACUUAUAUGAAUAUGUUAGGCAAUGCGCCGCCAAUGGUUGGUCCUGUUAUUACUUUUGGCCUUGCCAUACUUGCGCAAAAGAUCAAUGCCGGGCUAUCGCUCUCUAUCGCCACGGUAUUCACAUCGCUUUCCAUUAUCGACCUGAUUGCUGGGCCUCUUGCGCAACUCAUCACCUCGGUACCGAGUUUGGUGGCAUCUUUAGGAAGUUUCGAGAGGAUCCAAGUCUUCCUCGAACAGGGUAGGCCAUCAACGGUCACGAGUCCUGAUUACCUUGAAGCUGCAAACCACUCUGACCGUGGCUAUGUCGAAACUGAUAAUGGCAUAGAGAUGCAGAAAGUGCCGCCGAAAACCUCGUCCGAGCAGAGAGAAAUCGCGAUAGUUCAGGACGGCUCGUUUAGCCUCAAGAUUGACAAGGAGCCCACUCUACGCGACAUCAACCUUCGAAUCGCCCCCUCAUCUAUGACCAUCGUGAUUGGUAGGAUCGGCUCGGGAAAGACCACCCUCCUUCGAGGUUUACUAGGCGAACUACCAACCACUGGUUCGGUCAAGGCUCUUGAAAGCCCUGUAGCGUAUUGUGCCCAAACAACCUGGCUUACGACUGCAACUGUGAAGAAAAACAUUCUGGGCGAAACACCUCCCGACGAGGAUUGGUACGAAAGAGUUAUAAAUGCUUGCGCUCUUGUGCCCGACUUCUCCCAGCUAGCAAACGGAGAUCACACAGUAGUAGGAAGCAAAGGCCAGUCACUGAGCGGGGGUCAAAAGCAACGUGUUGCUCUAGCACGAGCAGUAUUCUCUAGGAAGCAUGUUCUUGUUGUUGAUGACGCGUUGAGCGGGCUUGAUAACUCCACCCAGACUCACAUCUGGGACUGUCUUUUCAGCCCACGAGGCCUUGUUCGCCAAUAUGGAGCAACCGUAAUCCUGACCACACACUCACUGAAGUACCUCAAAUUUGCGGACAAGAUCGUCAUCUUGGGCGAUAACGGGCAGAUUGCUAGCCAAGGCAAUUUUGACACUAUUCGGGAAAGCGCUUACCUUCAAAGUCUUUCUUUCGAGUAUACGCAGCCCAAAGAUAAGAAGGACUUUCAUACUAUCCCAGUCGCAAAAUCUCGGCAACAAAGUCAGCCACAGAGCAAAGGGGUCGUGUCUGAAUCCGAGCAGGACCUCUUGAGAAAGGCGGGUGACACAACGCUCUACUGGUACUACCUGAAGUCCAUCGGUUGGCUGUAUGGCUCUGCUGGUGCAAUAACCUUGAUUUUCGACUGCUUUUUCAGAGUCUUCCCUCAAAUCUGGCUCAAGUCCUGGACGGAAAAAGACGCAAGAACCGGCUCAUCAGACGCAGGCUUCUACUUCGGAGCCUACUCUGCGAUUUCCGUUGUGGGGUUGUUCGUCGUUGCAGUCAAUAUCUGGAUCAUGUUUGUUUUGAACGUACCCAAGUCUUCUCAAAGCCUGCACUGGACACUUCUGCAGUCUGUCAUGAGAGCACCAUUGUCAUUCUUUGGAUCAACAGACACUGGAGACUUGAUCAACAGAUUCAGUCAAGACCUAACGCAUAUUGACCGAGAUCUUCCUUCAGCGUUGUUCAUGACUUCAAUAGCCGUUCUUGAUUGCUUGGCAGGAGCCGUUCUGAUUGUUAUCGGUGCCAAAUAUCUAGCAGCUGCCAUCCCGUUCGCUUUGAUCGCCCUCUACUGCCUGCAGGCUUUCUAUCUGAGAACGUCUCGUCAGAUGCGAUUCCUCGAUCUCCAAGCACAAGCUCCUCUUCUGACAAAGUUGAUCGAGACCAUCGAUGGCAUGUCAACUAUUCCUGCCUUCCGAGACACUUCGCUUGAUCUCUUAGAUCAGUCCCAACGGCCGUACUAUCUGAUGUUCUGCAUCCAACGAUGGCUCACUUCGGUUCUCGACAUUCUUGUCGGUGCCAUUGCAGUUUUGCUGGUUUCAAUGGCCAUGAUGAUACCGGAUGCGACUAGCACUGGAGCAAUUGCCAUUGCGCUCUACAACGUGCUCAACUUCAAUCAAUCUCUAGCUACUCUGAUUACCUCCUGGACAGAGCUCGAAACAUCGUUGGGUGCCAUAUCUCGCUUGAGAACCUUCGUAUCUCGAACACCAAUCGAACCGACGCCUGUCGCUGGAGAGCAUGAUAAUAUUCCGCGUCAAUGGCCCUCCCAGGGUCAGGUCGAGAUACAGAACGUCACAGUAUCUUACUCCGAGGAGACGAGGCCAGUACUCAAGGGCGUCUCGCUUUCGAUCGAGCCGGGAGAGAAAGUUGCGAUAUGUGGUCGCACAGGCAGUGGCAAAUCGACUCUCACUCUCGCUAUUUUCAAACUUCUUGGCCUUGAUGCAGGCAGGAUCUUAAUCGACGGCGUUGACAUAUGCAGUGUCCCUAAAGACGUGCUCCGUCGAUCUCUUAUCGCCAUCCCACAGGAGCCACUUCUCUUCCCCGGAAGCCUGCGCACAAAUCUCUUUCCCUUCAGUGACGUCUUGAGCGCGGAUGAGGUUUCACUGUGGUCAGCCAUCUUCUUGAGUGGGGGGCUCAACACGGAUGUCUCCAACUUACCACUAUCCAAGGGCCAAAAGCAGCUGCUUUGUCUGGCCCGGGCCAUAGUCAGGAAGAAUUCUAGCAGGGUCCUGGUCCUCGACGAGGCUACUAGUGCCGUCGACCAAGAGACCGAAGACAAGAUGGCUAGGAUCAUCGAGAGCGAGUUCGCUGAUCACACUAUCAUAUCUGUGAUCCAUCGUCCUCAGGCCCUUCGUGGCAUUGACAAGAUUGUUACCUUGCAAGAUGGCAGAGUCGCCAGCAUCGGGACUGCAGAGCACUAG